CGUCACAUUGCUAGCUGUUUCGAAAAUGAAACUGGUGCGUGCCAGACUUCGACAGGAGGGCCUGGGAAAACGAAAAUAAAUCAGUUAUAAGAAAAAUCCCCGCAUAGUAGCUGUUAUAGAACGACAGUUUGGAAGAAGAAGACUCACACCGUUAAGACUCAAUGCCGGAUGGAUUCAAAAGCUGACAUGUUUGGCUGGAAGUACUGAGCAGCCACCGGAGGUGCAUGAGAUGCAAAGUACAAAAAUGAUUCUGUAGCAGUGGCUGCUCUGUGAGACUGUGAAGCUGCUGUCACUAUGGCACACAUUGACACAGAGUACCAGCGCCUAGAAGCGUCCUACAGCGACUCUCCCCCGGGAGAGGAGAACCUGUUGAUGCAUGUGGCUGAAGGAGCCAAAUCUCAGUGGCACCACAUAGAGAAUCUGGACCUGUUUUUCCAGAGGGUUUAUAAUCUUCACCAGAAAAAUGGAUUCACCUGCAUGCUGAUGGGAGAGAUCUUUGAACUGAUUCAGCUGCUGUUUGUGGUUGGCUUCACAGUGUUCUUAGCUAACUGUGUGGAUUAUGACGUUCUCUUUGCCAACAAGUUUGUAAAUCACACUGAUUCAUCUAAAGUCACUUUGCCUGAUGCAUUCCUUCCAACAGAUGUAUGCAGUGCCCGUAUCCGACACAAUGGCUUUGUGAUCUUUGUGCUCAUCAUCUCUGGGGUGUUUUGGCUACAUCGUUUUGUCAAAUUCAUCUACAAUGUUUGCUGCUACUGGGAGAUUCGAUCCUUCUACAUAAAUGCCCUCAAGAUGACAAUGUCAGAACUUCCCUAUGCAACAUGGCAAGAAGUUCAGGCCAGGAUAGUUGAGAUCCAGAAGGAGCACCAGAUUUGUAUACAUAAGAAAGAACUGACAGAGCUUGAUAUUUACCACCGUAUCCUCCGGUUCAAAAACUAUAUGGUUGCCAUGGUGAAUAAAUCACUCCUUCCUGUUCGAUUUCGGCUUCCUGUACUAGGGGAGUGCGUGUUUUACACCCGAGGUCUCAAGUAUAACUUUGAGCUCAUCUUCUUUUGGGGGCCAGGUUCUCUAUUUGAGAAUGAAUGGAGUCUGAAACCAGAGUAUAAGAGGGGAGGCAACAGGCUUGAACUUGCAGACCGCCUUGCGUCUCGUAUCCUGUGGAUUGGCAUCGCCAACCUGCUGCUGUGUCCAGUCAUUCUUUUGUGGCAGAUUCUAAACGCCUUCUUCAGUUACACUGAGGUGAUCAAACGAGAGCCUGGUUCUUUGGGGGCCAGAUGUUGGUCUCUUUACGGUCGAUGUUACCUGCGUCAUUUUAAUGAGCUCGACCAUGAACUCAUGUCCCGCCUCAGCAAAGGCUACAAGGCUGCAUCUAAGUAUAUGAACUGUUUCCUUUCACCUGUACUGACAGUGGUGGCCAAAAACGUGGCUUUUUUUGCUGGGUCACUCCUGGCAGUCCUCAUUGCCCUCACAAUCUAUGACGAGGAUGUUCUCGCGGUGGAACACGUUCUCUCAUCAAUUACCCUGCUUGGUGUGUGUAUCACAGUGUGUAGGUCGUUUAUUCCUGAUAAACACAUGGUGUUCUGUCCUGAGCAGCUGUUGCGUGUCAUCCUGGCUCACAUCCACUACAUGCCUGACCACUGGCAGGGCAACGCACAUAGAUAUGAGACCAGAGACCAGUUCUCACAGCUUUUUCAGUACAAAGCAGUGUUUAUUCUAGAGGAGCUAUUGAGUCCAGUGGUGACUCCAAUCAUCCUCAUCUUCUGCUUGAGGAGAAAGUCCUUGGAGAUCAUUGACUUCUUCAGGAACUUCACUGUGGAAGUCAUUGGGGUAGGAGACACCUGCUCUUUUGCCCAGAUGGACAUAAGGCAGCAUGGACAUCCAGCGUGGAUGUCAGAGGGGAAAACGGAAGCGUCCAUCUACCAACAAGCAGAAGAUGGGAAAACAGAACUAUCACUAAUGCACUUUGCCAUCACCAACCCCCACUGGCAGCCUCCUCUGGAGACCACUCACUUCAUCAGCCAGUUGAAAGAAAGAGUUCACAGAGAAGCCACAGGGGCUUCAGCAGACACACAUCCACUAUCUUUGUCAGAGUCUGAACCAAGAAGUCUCGUUGCAAACCUCUUAGCAGGCCCUCCCACCCUUGGUUCUGUUCAUUUUGGCCGUGAGAGCUUGACCAAUCACGCAGCAGCUGGUAUGAGCGAUGGAGCAUCUGCCUUGCGCUCUCUUUCCCCAGUCAGUAGCAGUCUUCAUCUUAGAGGCAGUUUGAGUGCCGUUCAUCGAGCCAGUGGCCUCACGAGCAGGGCAAUGGCAGGUUCUGGGACUGAUGCCCGAACUGUGAGCUCAGGCAGCAGCGCAUGGGAGGGUCAGCUUACCAGUUUGGUCCUGUCAGAGUAUGCCUCCACUGAAAUGAGCAUCCAUGCACUUUACAUGCAUGAGCUCCACAAACAGCAGUCUCGUGCCGAUCUGUCCCGUCACACAUGGCACAGACAGGAGAGCGACGAAAGCAGUGACAGCAUCCCAGAUGAAGUACGGAGUGAGCCCAACACUCACUCCAGAAACUUCCCACGUUCGCACACUUUCCCCACCACGGCUCCCAGUCCAAGUGCCAUUCCCACCUCAGCCUCAGCCACCAGCGGCACCUCCAGUGGUCAGGAGAGGGUGAAGCCACAGAGCAGCACCGGUCAGCGGCGCCACAGUGGACCCACCACAGACCAUUUCAGUGCAGGUGGAAAUGUGACAAGGUCAGCCCGUGUGCCAAUGGGUGGAUGGGCAGAGGAUGGUCAAGCAGCCCCCAAACACCAUGAGCCUCUUCUAGAGGAGAGUUCUGAGGACGAAAUGCCUCCUCACAUACACAAAGUUAUAUAAUUAAGUCAUGUGAAUAAAUAUCUGCAGGCUAUGUUUCACUGAUAGUCCAACUCACAUACCCAUCCUUGUGCAAAUUCUUUUCCCUGGACUGAUCCGAUCUUUGCUCAGAGGAAGAUGGACACGUGUAAGGGGUUUAUGGCAAACCCUUUGAACACUUGAGUAGUGAAACCAUCUGCUUUAUGACAUCCAUAAAUCAUCCUGACUUUUUACAGGACUAAACAGGCAGACAGGGUAAACAUCUGGCCAGAAGAGGACCUAAAGGAUCAAGUCAUUUUUUACAGUUAUUGACAGCGUCACAAUAAAUCUGUUUAUGAUGACAGGAUUAAAAAAUCGAAGUACAUACAGGGUUUCUACAUGAAGAGAAAUUAUAAACAUUCAGCAAUGCUGUGUUGCCAUACCAAGUGUGAGGCCAACAGUUUGGCAAACGUGCAAUCUGUGUAUAUGUGUUCUUCGUCUAAAGCAAGGGAAUGCCUAUUUCAACAUGUGAUUUUUAUUCUGACAUGCAUUUUUCCUUUUUGCAAAAUCUGAGGGCUUCUACUGAUAAAACACGUUAAGAUACAACAUUUUUGUUGCAUUUUUUAAAAUUCUCUGUGGAUUGAUUGCUUUACAUGGGAAUUUUCUAAAAUAUCCCUUUACCUUUUUCACUAAAUAUCAUUCAGUUUGCUCAGAUACAAUUUAAAUUAAAAGAUAACUUGUACAGAUCAGUGCCAUUCUGUAUACACAUGUGAAGAAUAUUGAUAUAUUCAGAUUUUCACAUUUGUAAGGCCACCAUUCCUCGAUGUGUCACAAGAGAUACUGUAUUAAACUUAUUUCAAUCUGUCACCAAUCUUUUGCAUGUUAACUGUUGGUUUGUUUAAAAUAGACUUGCUGAAGGGUUCAGUAGAAUAAGCAGCUCAUUUCAAGCAUGUAACAUUCAUUAUCUGCGAUAGAAACUGGUCUCAAAUGUAAGUGCAUGAAUGUUGCCUACGCAUUCAUCUGAAAAGUAUAAUCUAGAUCACCCCAAAUAACACAUUCAUCUUAAUUACAACAUGGCUCUGUUUCCAUAUCAUUACGCCAAUUUAUUAAUUCUUCCUAAAUGAAGAAUAAUGCACUUUAAUGAUUUGUCGAUGUGGAAGGUGACUCUUGAUUUUGACAUUGUAGUUUAAAAAAAAAAAAAGUUUAGGUUAUUUCAUUUGUCAAAGGCAUGUGCCAUGUUAAAAGCCAGAAGGGACUGAAGCAUGUGACCACCGUGUGCGCUACUGGAAAUGGCAAAUACUUUUGAGCGAAGCUACGAUUAGAUGCAGUAAGUAAAAACUGAUUACUGUCGGGUUUUGUUUUAAAGAUGAUGUAAAAUACAAGUUUAUAUAAUUGUAAAUUAAUCUAUUAAAGUCAUGACAAUCA